CUAGAGAAACGGUUGGAAUAAGAAUGUUAACCUUGUGUAACUGAUUGAAUGUUCGAGGGCAAGCUGUAACGUGUGCUCCAUUUCUAAACAGCACGAUAACUAUAUAAUUAGUUUGAUUAUAUAUAAACUCUUGUUGCCUUAGUUUGACAGAUACAUAACACGGUCAUAAUACUAACAGAGAAGGUAUGAUACUAUAGAUAAAAUGAAAACAAUGCUGGAAAGAUAUCUUGUCGCUGACCAAGUAACCGAAAGUUGUUCGUGAAAACCUGUGUUAAUUCAUCGACUGACACUAACAAAAAGGAAUAAAACGUUAAAAGUUAAAACGGGAAAAGACCUUGCAUUAUUUGGUGGUGACGUCACAAGUUCAUGAAGAAAACCUUCCACAUAAAAUAUUACGUAGAUCUAAAGCCACAAACUCCAAGACUUUCGAGGUUUCUGUGUAAGAUAUACUCUUUCAUUUCAUUCUUAUAGGAUGAUCUUCACAUCUCAGAGUUUGAACCAAGAAAAAAAUUAGUUUGUUAAAUAUUUAUAAACGAAAAAACGACUUCUGAUUAUAGCAUAAAAAUGGAAGUUUCAGAUCAUGUGUCAAAUGUUCAACAUACUUAUUGCGAGAACGAUAGUUUUGUGGAGUUGUGUUCAAAAAAUAGAACCUUCAGUGUUCCAGACACGAACUCUCCAGAUAAUAUCAUUUACUCUGAAGCUUUACACCAACCAUCUACCAAAGAAAAGGUAGCCGUGCAAAAACUGACAGAAAAAUAUGAUACUCUUGGCCGGAUCAAUGUAGAGGAGACAGACAAAACUAUCAAUUGUGGUUCUGUCGACGUUGAGGAUAUUCAACAAGACUUAGAGGAUGAAUCUCAAUGUAAUUCCAAUAACUUGUACAGCGAAUUGACCGAACAGGACAUAGCCCAAGUCGAAACGUUUUUUCGUAGUCACAAAACAUUUGUGUUUGUGUGCCAGUGUCUAGCUAAUCUGUAUUUGAGGAAAGCAGAAGGAGAAUGGGAACUAGCCCAGACAGGUGUCCCUGUCCUGCUGUUUGACAAAGGAGAAACGAGAGCAAGAAAUAAACGAAGAUUGAAACUGGUCCUUGCCGAAAAAGGCACAGGUUUUAUUCUUUGGCAUGACGUUAUUGACAAUUUGACGAAUUACCAGGCCCAAGACAAUAGUUUUCACACCUUGUUCCUUUCCACCGAUCAUAGCCAAAUGGGAGGUUUCAGUUUCGAAAACAAAACAGCUGCCAGACAGUUUCACGAACAAGUCGACCUACUGACGUCAGAUCCUCUCAAUAUUUCUUUAUCGGUUCCCAAAGCUAAAGGGAAAAAUGCCAAGAAGAAGCUGGAAAAAAUAAAGUUACCCCAAAAAUGUGACAUUUCUCUCCCUUGCUGUUUCGAACACGUCACGAGUAUUGAUAUCAGAGACAAAGAACAAUUCUAUACGCUGGCGAAUUUGGUGCAAGGGAAAUCCAAAAAGGUGUUUGAGCAAUUUGUUCAUGAGUAAAAAUCAAUUGGGACCAACAAUCCGUUUCGUCAUGACGACCAAAUCAACGUAGAAUGCUCGUACUUAAUUAUUAUUAGUCUAAAAUGUUGACAUUUCACUGAUAUCGUCAAAAUGAUUCCUGACCAGUAUUAGCAGUCGUAUGACGUUUCGUAUGAUGAUUUUUGUAUUGAUUGUGCAAAGUGGAGAAUGACAAUUAGAAUAUUAUGUACAAGUUUGUUAAGAAUCAUUGUGUAUUUGUGAUUUGUUUCUUUCAGAACAUAUGUGAACUGUAGAACGAACCCCAUCUAUAGAAAAACAAACAAAUAAUAUUCGGUAAUAAUAUUCAGAUUUUCUUAUUUUUCGCAAAUUCCUGUUGUUUUAUUUUAAUUUUAAAAGUGGAUUUCAAACAGGCUGCUUUUAUUGAGAAUUUCAAGUAUCGUUUUUAUAAAUUCAAGUUUGAUGCAUAAGCACGUUUUUUGCGAUAGUUAAGUACGUUUACAGAACUAAAAUAGGAUUUAAGUCUCUAGCAAAGUACCUAUUGGAUAUAUUAGUGAAAUAUAAUAACCAGCUUUAGAAUGGGAAUAGGUUUUUUUAAUACGACAAACAACAACUUUUCAACCCCUCUCUCGAGAGAGCGCCAUCUUGAGGUUACAGUUAAGAAAAAUAGGAUUCGUCUGCUUCUCAAGAACUUUUCUAAACAUGCCAAUAAAAAUUAAUUUCAGUUUUUAGUUUAAGACCUUAAGCAAAGUUUGAUCUUUCGGUAUAUAUAUAUUAUUCCUUUACGUUUGCUUUAAUUUUGUACGUGAUUACAACCAUUACAUUCUGCGUACUGUAUAAAUUCUGAACAGAUCUGGAUUUAAAAUAUGAAGAUAUUUUCAGUUAUAUUUUAUUUUUACUGAUUCAACUGGUAAUUAUCGUCAACAAUCAGAUGACAACGUCUUUCUUAAAUGCAGAGCUUGAUUUUAAGCUCAUGUUAUCCUCUAUUUGUCAACAGACUUCUUAUUUACAUACUUCCAUAUCAAUAUUAAUAACACAUAACCCGCUAAUAUGUGUGUUCUAAACGAAAGGCGUCAUCCACACUGGAUAUAACAGAUAUAGUGUGGUUGAAGUAUUGUUAUACACAUUUCUUUACUUCCAAACAUAAGUUCUUAUUAAUAGGUAUAUUCUGAACCUGAAAUUACUAAUAUAUAUAUAUAUGUAGAGCUCAAUGAAUCACAAAAACAAAGAAACAUGACAUUUGUACAUUACAUUCAAUUGACUUCUUUGUUUGGUGACAACGUUAUUUUUAUAUGGAAAACGUGUGUGUGAAAUGACGUGUACACACACACACAGCAAUAUUAAGAUAAAAAAACUAAACUAACGUUUUUCGAAGAUAUUAGAUCCUUUGAAAAUUUUGUUUAAAACUAAUUUCUUCAAAUAUCGGAAUUUUUUUUAAUACCAACAUUUAUGUUCUCUUUCAUUACCAGUUUUUGUAAAUCAUGUUCUCCUUUAAUACCAACUUUCAUGAAUCAUGUUCUCCUUUAAUACCAACUUUCAAGAAUCAUGUUCUCCUUUAAUACCAAUUUUCGUGAAUCAUGUUCUCCUUUAAUACCAACUUUCAAGAAUCAUGUUCCCUUUAAUACCAACUUUCAUGAAUCAUGUUCCUUUUAAUACCAACUUUCAUGGAUCAUGUUCUCCUUUAAUACCAACUUUCAUGAAUCAUGUUCUCCUUUAAUACCAAUUUUCAUGAAUCAUGCACUCCUUUAAUACCAAUUUUCAUGAAUCAUGUUCUCCUUUAAUACCAAUUUUCGUGAAUCAAGUUCUCCUUCUUUUAUAAAAAGAAUACGCGACAACUUUAUGUGGUUAAAAUACGGAGACAAUUUUAUAUUACAUAGUAUGAUUAACUAGUUAAUUAGAUAUGAUUAUCAAGAAAUUUUAUUCAAGUUACUCAAGUUCAAACUUACAGCGAUUCUAAGUUACUUGUGUUUUUAUAAUAACAGACCUUGAAAUCUAAACCAAUAGUGUGAUGAUGGAGAUACUUGAAAUAACAUGAACUUUGUGUCGUCUGAUGCAUUAAGGUUUUAAAAAAAGAGAAAAAAACUGUAAUUAAUUCAUUUUAAAUAUACUGUUUGCUGUCAUUGUAUUGUAUUACAUACAUCUUCUAAAAAUGUGUGUAGUUGAUAUCUAUACAUAUAUGAAUAGAUGCCUUUUAUCCAAGUUAUUUUUUAUUAGUUUAUGAGAUCUUUUAGUACAGAGUCGGGUUUGUUUUUAAGAGACAAAAUCCCAUAUUUUCAUCAAUCUAGCAAUAAGUUUUUUUUUUUUUUUCAUCAAGAACGUAUAACUGCGUUCUACUGUUUCUGUUAAAUAUUUUUAUAUUAUAGAGACAAACAUACUUUGUGUGGCUUUUAUGUCACAAAAAGUUAACUAUGUUGUAGAAUUUUAUACCAGGAACUUUACUGGUUUGUGCCAUGUUUUUUUAUUUUACAUUUAGAUAUGGAAAUGGUGCUUAUUUUGUGAUUUGUACAUAAAUUUACUUAAUUCUAGGUCAAACCUUAACUAAGCCUAUUUCGUCAUGUGAAAAUGUUCAUUAAUAAUUUAACAUUUAACGAUAUCCGGAUAAUUUGUUCACCGAGAAAGACAGGAAGCGCUAAACAUCUGUUUACUUUCUUUUCUAUAACAUUUACACGACCAUCUUCCCAAAUCACCAGGUUUGUAAAUUACAUUCACAAACUACUUAC